AUGACAGCAGUCAAAGCCCGCGCCCCCGUCCUCGGCGGCAACUUCGGCGUCUGGGGCGGCAUGUUCAGCACAUUCGACUGCGCGGUGAAAGGCGUACGGAAGAAGGAAGACCCCUGGAACGCCAUCAUCGCCGGCUUCUUCACGGGCGGAGCGCUGGCAGUACGAGGAGGACCUCGAGCGAUCAGGAACGGUGCGAUCGGAUGCGCGAUAUUGCUUGCGGUGAUUGAGGAGGAUGAUGGCGGAAAAUACACGGCUGGAGAUGCCGCCGCCUCCGCCGCAGCAGAGCAGUACGGGGAGUGA